ACUGAGAAUUGAGAGUUUUGCUAUGAGUUUUGAACUCUAUUUUUGAUUAAAUUUAUCUGCAAUAAAUAUUUACUAAAUCUUGAGUUAGGAAUAAUGGACAAAAUGAUUUAACUUAGUAAUCCCCUUCAAACUUUUUCCAAAUGUUUUGAAAUUUGCAAAUCAUCUUAAAUAUUUUAUAUUUGAAAAAAUUCUUCAGAUUAUUAUGAAAGGAAAUAAAAUCUCACGGAAAUUUUUUACAAAAUAUUUACAUCAUAACAUAAAAAAAUUCUAACAUUACUCGCAUGAGCAACCUUGAUUCAUCUCUAAAAGUAGUUAUUUGAUUUAGAUAAAGCGUAAAAAAAUUUAACGAUUAAUAAAAUGUCAGUAAAGCGUAUCAAAUGAUCUUCUAGUCGUAUCAGAUUCCACUGACGCUAUUUAAGCGAAUGAAAAUUCCAAUUAUUUUAUUAGUAAAUAUCUAAUUCAGAAUGAAGUUUAAUAUUCUUGUAGUUGUCGUUGCAUUAUUAAUUGUGUCAACUGUCUUGGUACAAGGCCAGGAAAUAAGUGUUACAGGUGUCGAUUGCAAUACAUGUCGGACUGCAUGUAUGGCAUGUAAAAAAGAAUGUGGAGGUAAAGGAGGUGAAGGAGGUAAAGGAGGUGGUAAAAAACGUCGUGGUGAUAAAAAAAAAGGAAGCGAUGAAGAUGGCGAAUAAUUCAGGACCGCGAAUUCAAAGACCCCAUGGAAUCGAUUGUAUCAAAUGAAAUGCUUAACGUCUUAGCGCUGUGAAUGUAAACAUUUAAAAAUAUUAUGAAAGAACUUUCAAUAAAGCUUUUAAAAUGUAAACA